AAGACAGAUUCUCUGAGAAGAUAGUGGGAUAGAAGUGCCCUUCUCACAACCUUGAAGAGAGGAGUCAAAGCAACAAAGAAAAAAACUAUAUUGUGAAGACAACACAAGUUCAGUCCCAGCUCCAGAAGGCCACAAGCAUAAGCACCGCAGAACUUCGGUGCGUCUUGCAGCCAUGGCCACCACGGCUUCUCCUGUGCCACUCGUCACCACCACUGUGAAUGCCAGUCCUGAGAACAGCAGCGCCUUCUACGAGUACGACUACCUGGACGGGGUGGCGGUCCUCCUGUGUCGGAAGGACGGCGUCAUGUCCUUCGGGCAAGUCUUCCUGCCCACCAUCUACAGCCUCAUCUUCGUGCUGGGCUUGGGCGGGAACCUCCUCCUCUUGGGGCUCCUCUGCGGCCCUCGCAGGCGCACCUCUGAGCUCUACCUGCUGAACCUGGCCAUCUCCAACCUCCUGUUUGUGGUGACGCUGCCCUUCUGGGCCGUCUCCGUGGUUUGGCACUGGGUCUUUGGCAGUUUCUUGUGCAAAGUGAUGAGCACCUUCUUCUCUGUCAGCCUUUACAGUGGCAUCUUCUUCAUCAGCUGCAUGAGCCUGGACAAGUACCUGGAAAUCGUCCACGUUUGGGCCCUGCGCAGGCUGCGGACUCGGGCCAAGAGCCUGCUGCUGGCUGCCAUGGUCUGGGCCACAGCUGUGGCCGUCUCUAUCCCAGACAUGGUCUUUGUUCGGGCCCACGAGUACCCUAGGGGCGUCUGGAACUGCUUCGCGGAUUUUGGCGGGCACGGCACCACUUGGAAGCUCUACCUCCGCUCCCAGCAGAACCUUCUGGGGUUUUUCCUUCCGCUCCUGGCCAUGAUUUUCUUCUACUCCCGCAUUGGCUGUGUCCUGGUCAAACUGAGGGCCCCAGGCCAGGGCCGGGCUCUACGGGUAGCUGCAGGCCUGGUGGUGGUUUUCUUCUUCCUGUGGUCCCCGUACAACCUCAUCUUGUUUCUGCACUCUCUGAUGGACCUGCAGGUCUUUGGGGAUUGCAGGGUCAGCCAGCAUCUGGACUAUGCAACACAGGUGACCGAGAGCCUGGCUUUCCUUCACUGCUGCUCCACCCCCAUCCUCUACGCCUUGUCCAGUCGCCGCUUCCGCCAGUGCCUGAAGGCGUUCCUGUCCACUGUGCUCAGACAGCGUCCGGCCCCUGGCACGGCUCAGCUCCCUUCAUGCAGCUACUCUGAGAGCAGCAGGCUUACAGCCCAGGAAGAAAUGACCACCAUGAAUGACCUUGGGGAGAGGCAGGCUGGUGGCUCCCUUAGUCAGGGGCAACCUGGGGACUAAUUAAGCCCGAGUGGCCACGCCACGGCUGAUGGGAGCAAUGGCACCUGCUAGGUCGGAUUGCUCUCUCCAAUGUCAGUGUGCUUGUGCUUCCCGCCUCAGUGGUCAGUCAAUUGUUUUCUCUCUUUCUUCCUUCCCUCCCUCCUUCCUUCCUUCUUUCCUUCCUCCCUC